AUGAGGGAGUGUGCGAGCUUGCGAGCUGAGCCACAGGAGUUGCAGCUGGAGAUUGAGCAGCAGACUUCCAUGCGAACACAGGCGGCGCUGCAGCGCAACAAGCAGGAUGCUGAAGAGAAAAGGAGAACUAUCUCUCACCAGCAAGAGCAAGAAAGAAGGACAGCAGAGUACAAGGCACGGCUGGACAGUGAGCUCUACCAGAGCAAACUGGAGGACCAGCAGAAACAAAUUGACCAACAGCUGCAGAUGCAGCAUGAGCAAUUUCUGCGACAAGAAGAAAUGAGAAAGAGGAACAAUAUGGAGUUGGAAGAGGAGACUGUGGUCGAAGAAAUGCACUUUGCUUUCAUUUAUGCAGAGGAUGGAGCAGCAGAUGCUCUGAAUGCGUGGAAGCGGUUUUGCGAUAUGCUUAAGGAGACAGAGAAGAUCCUGGGGGCAAUUGAUGCUCCGCUUAGAGAUACAGGAGAGAGGGCUACUCAUCGAGCUGCUGAAGUAGGGAAUCUCCAGAAUCUAAAAUGGCUUGUGGAGAAUGGUGCAGACAUCAAUGCAACCACAGCCCCAGCGCUGCAGUUGUCACCGGCUGGCGACCAAACUUUGGGACUCACUCCUGUGCUGGUGGCUGCCAGCUUUGGCCAAACCAAGGCGUUGGAGUUCCUGAAGUCAGUUGGAGCAGACCUGAAUCUUGCACGAGUUGACGGUGCAACUGCGUUGGAUCUCGCAUUGGACCAGGAACAUUCCGAAACAGCAGCGUGGCUGGAGCAGAAUGGAGUCGCUCGUGUGCUCGCAUGA